CGCGUUCACCCCGCGCGCGAGGCAGAGUCCCAAACCCGCGCGCGCGCACUCCGAUCGCACGGCGCGAGCGCGUCGAGAACCCGAGGGCGUCGCGACGGGCGAUUUCGACUUUUCAGGCGCCAAGAUGACCGAUUCCGGCGAGCGCGUCCCGCUCCUCGACGCGCGCGACGCGCGCGCGGGAGCGAAGACGUCCACGUGGCGCAACGUCGCGAUCGCCGGCGCGCUCGCGACCGCCGCGGUCGUCGCGCUCUCCGGGAAAUCCGUCCUCGCCCCGCCGCGAUCGUCCGCGGCGUCGCUCGGCGCGGAAGACCCGUCCGCCGUCGGCAAGUUCCUCCUCCCCGAGUGCGCCUCCCAGACGUGGAAGAACGACGACGAGAAGGUGGAGUGCGAGAAAGCGCGCGACUUUUUGAUGUCCGCGACGCCGUGCGAGAACUGGCCGGGCGAGAUCGGCCAGACCGCGUGCCUCAAGUUCCGCAAGGACGCGGCAGCCGCGGGGCACACGUGGACGCACGUCCUCCCCGCCGCGGACGUCCCGCAUCGAACCGACUACGGCUUCGAGGAGGGCGGCGGCCCCGGGUCGCACGAGUACCCCGGCACGAUGGGGUGCGAGACCGUCUGCGAGGGCCACGACGAGCUCAACACGGAGGCGAGCUGCGCCGCCGUGCUGGGUUGCGAGUGGGACGAGGGCAAGUGCUGGAGCAAAGUCGGCGGGGAGGAUUGCCCGACGGCGGACGAAGCCGAAAAGGUGAACGACGCGUCGUCGUUCGAGGGCGAGUUCAGCGGGGGUCCCGCGGGCCCCGCGGGUCCUGCGGCCCCUAAUGGUACAGCGCCCCCCGAGGUUCCCGCCCCCGAGGUUCCCGCGGCCGUCUCCACGGUGAACGCGACGGCGCCCGGCGAGGAGCACCACGACUUGAUGGGCUCCAUGAUGGAUCACCCUAUUGGCUCCAUGAUGGAUCACCCUAUUGGCUCCAUGAUGGAUCACCCUAUUGGCUCCAUGAUGGAUAUGCCUAUGGGCUCCAUGAUGGAUCACCCUAUUGGCUCCAUGAUGGAUAUGCCUAUGGGCUCCAUGAUGGAUCACCCUAUGGGCUCCAUGAUGGAUCACCCUAUGGGCUCCAUGAUGGAUCACCCUAUGGGCUCCAUGAUGGAUCACCCUAUGGGCUCCAUGAUCGACGAGGAUCCGUGCUUCUGGAAGCACGGUCCGGACGGACGCAUCGCCCCCGGAUUUGAAGAGCUCUGCGGCGGCGGCGGCCACGACGACGACAAGCCCGAGCUCAAGCCCGCCGACGACAAGCCCGAGCUCAAGCCCGACGACGACAAGCCCGACGACGACGAGCACCACGACGACGAGCACCACGACGACGAGCACCACGACGACGAGCACCACGACGACGAGCACCACGACGACGAGCACGACGACGACGAGCACCACGACGACGAGCACCACGACGACGAGCACCACGACGACGAGCACCACGACGACGAGCACCACGACGACGAGCACCACGACGACGAGCACCACGACGACGAGCACCACGACGACGAGCACCACGACGACGACCACCACGACGACGAGCACCACGACGACGACGAGCACGACGACGACCACCACGACGACGACCACCACGACGACGACGAGCACGACGACGACGAGCACGACGACGACGAGCACGACGACGACCACCACGACGACGACAAGCACGAGAACGAGUUCGACCAGUUCAUCACCUCCGUUCCCGAGGAAGACACGAUGGCGGAAGCCGUCGCUUCCGCGCAGGAGGAGGCGACCGACGCGAUCAACGCGACCGCCGUCGACGAAGACGCCGCCGCGCCGAGCGCCGACGAAGUCGUCGCCGCCGCGGACGCGGCGGCGACGACGGACGCGGAGGCGACGACGGAUGCCGCGGAGACGACCGAACCCGCCGCGGACGCGGCGGCGACGACGGAUGCCGCGGAGACGACCGAACCCGCCGCCGACGCGGACGCCGACACGACGCCCGCCGUCGUGGAAGAAACCGCCGCGCCGAGCGCGGACGAAGUCAUCGCCGCCACGGACGCGGCGACGACGGACGCGGCGGCGACGACGGAUGCCGCGGAGACGACCGAACCCGCCGCGGACGCGGCGGCGACGACGGAUGCCGCGGAGACGACCGAACCCGCCGCCGACGCGGACGCCGCCACGACGCCUGCCGUCGUGGAAGAAACCGCCGCGCCGAGCGCGGACGAAGUCAUCGCCGCCACGGACGCGGCGGCGACGACGGACGCGGCGGCGACGACGGAUGCCGCGGAGACGACCGAACCCGCCGCGGACGCGGACGCCGACACGACGCCCGCCGUCGUGGAAGAAACCGCCGCGCCGAGCGCCGACGAAGUCGUCGCCGCCGCGGACACGGCGGCGACGGACGCGGCGGCGACGACGGAUGCCGCGGAGACGACCGAAUCCGCCGCGGACUCCGACUACGUCGCGCCCACCGUGGACGCGCAGACGGGGUCCACGACGGACGCCGCGUCGGCGGCGGCGGCGGAUGCCGCCGCCGCCGCGGACGCGUCCACGAUGGCGCCCCCGUGAGGGGAGCGGUAGCUACGUCUACGCGUGCACACGUUAACACUUGUACAGUCACCUUUUUUUAAAUAUCAUGUAAUGAAGUUAUGCUGCCU